GACAGGCAUCACCAUGUGAUUUGCAAGUGCUAUGAUAUCUAUAUAUAUGCCUACACCUGCAUGUAUUUUUAUAACACUCACCUAUGCUCUCACUGGAAAUCGUCUCUCUCUCAAUCUCUCUCAAUAAACUAGCAGAAGUGCAGAACCCAGCCAUGAAGUCUCUUAAGGUUAUUUCGUCUCUACUAUUCUUUUCUCUCUUAAUCUCAUUCAACGCAACAACAGCAUUCCGUCCUCUAAAAUCCGCAGUAGACGAGAAUUUAACUACUAGUGGGUUAUCUCAUCAAAAUGCUCCCAUGCUGGAGGUGUUGGCAAAGGAUUCGAUGAAUUUGAUGGGAGCAGAGGAAGACGAAGAAGAGUGUGGGAAUGGAGAUGAAGAUUGUUUAAAAAGGAGAAUGAUUGCAGAGGCUCACUUGGACUACAUUUACACCCAAAGGCAUCAUAAACCUUAAAAUGGAGUAGUAUUAGUUUAACUAUCAACAAAUUAUUAACUCAAGAAAUUCAUCUAACACAUGGGUAUAGAGUACAUGAAUGAUUAUCUUCGACUGUUCUUCAUUUAUAAAUAAUCUCCAACUUUGAGAGAUCUAAUAGCAUAGAUAGAGAGUGUGUGUUGUGUGAAAGGUAUGAGUGUUGUGUAUGUGCCAAUAGCACGUGAGAAUUAUACAAGAGACAGAAGAGAACAUAUGUAUUCUCAUCUCUGUCCUGUAUACAUUCUAUCUUCUUUUAAUCAAUCUUUGAUUUCAAAUUGUCUUCAGUAAACCGUAGACAUUCAAUAUAUUAAAUCUUAGCA